AUAUUUCGGUUACACGGUGUCUGUGCAGGUGCUUCCUGUCGGGCACUUUUCGCGAGCUCGUUGGUCACUUUUUGGUCAUGUUUGGGAAUGUUUUGUGUAGAUUGGUGACAGAAACAGCCGGUGUCCACCGCUAUGUGAGCAGAGCGCCGGUGAUACAGAGGCUGACCGCCGCCGCCCUUCCCGCGCCGCUCAGGAGCUUCUCGGACGUGAAGGACGAAGUGCAGCCGCCUUUCGACGCCUCCCUGCUCGAGUUCCUGGUCUGUCCGCUGUCCAAGAAGCCGCUGAGGUACGAGGCUAAAACCAAUGAGCUGAUCAACGAGGAGCUCGGUAUCGCCUAUCCCAUCGUUGGUGGCAUCCCCAACAUGAUCCCUCAGGAAGCCCGACUCAUACAGAAAGACACCUCAACCACACCAACGCAAGGGUAGACGCCCUCACAGCGCCGCCAGCUGAGCCACGCAAGCAGACCUAACGCGUUGUAAAGGCUGU